AUGCGCCAGCAACAGCGACCGGUUCCUCCUCGCUCGUCGACUCAGGCGAGUAACAGCUCAAUUUCCAAUAGGCGUCGACUUGGGUAUCAAAGCUUGCCGUCCUUGGUGGAGACGGCGAGCACAAUAUCUCUUCCUCGUUCUGAGAACUCCAUUCCUACUCGCGCUGCUGCUUCCGCCUCCGUUCAAGCACCAGCGAACGCCGUUGAAGACAUAACGUCAACGUCUGAUAUCGUUAUAGCCGUAAUGGGCCCAACCGGUGCCGGGAAGACUACAUUCAUCAGCCAGGCGCGCGGGAUGACUGAAGAUGAGCUUGUCGGGCAUGGAUUACGUUCGUGCACCCAAGACGUCACUGCUUUUACUUGCUACAAUUCGGAAAGAACACGUCGCAUUGUCCUCGUCGAUACUCCUGGCUUUGACGACACCAAUCUCUCCGAUCUGGAUAUCCUCAAACGCAUUGCUGACUGGUUGAAAGAAACUUAUGAAAACGACGUUAAACUAUCGGGACUGCUUUACCUUCAUCGUAUAUCCGACAAUCGAAUGGCUGGUACUCCAUUAAGACUUCUAAACACAUUCAAGCAGAUAUGCGGCGACGAAGUCCUCAAAUAUGUUUUGUUGGUGACUACUAUGUGGGACGAGGUAGAGGAGGAGGUUGGACGCGCCCGUGAGAGCGACCUGUGCAAGAAGUACUGGAAAGCCAUGAUUGCCCAAGGGUCUCGCACAGUCCGCUUUCACAACAGCCGCGCAUCAGCAUGGGACAUCCUCUCUCAGUUCGACGAUGCUCCUCGCCAGAUUUUGCGUUUGCAACACGAACUCGUCGACCAAGGUCUACCUUUGAGCGAGACGUCGGCUGGCAAGAGUCUGUUCUCUUCCCUGCUAGACUUCAUCAAGAAGAUGGUGAAACUCCUUCGCAAGAUCCAGGCUAAGAUGGAAAAGAGCAGGCUGCUUGCCGUUCGGACCCCGCUGCAGAAACAACACGAUGAGGUCGCUGCGGCGAUGGAUGCAGCUGAAGAGGUUAGACGCAGGUUCGACAGCUCGUCGACUACCACUUCACCCAUCCUACGGCCUGGAACCGAAUCUAAUCCUAACGUUGCGCCCGAUGCUCGAGCUCCCAUUUUCAAUAACGUUCCGAUGGUUCGAUCGCCAACAAGCUCCUCGACCAGCAGCGAUUCCGUUUCUUCACCAGUUUCUUCUCUCGGCGAAUCUACCCUGGAACCUGAACAGCAGAAACACAUACUUCAAGGAACUGUGAAGGUCCUUGAGCUCCUCGACAAGAUUAUCGGGUUGACCCCUUCGCCAACGUUCCGGCCGGUGAUUCGCUUGGUGUUAUCUAUUAUCAAGUCCAUCGAGCAACUCCAACCAAUCGACGAUUCCUUAGUCUACGUGGCUGAAAACUCUACCCACUUGAUGGUGAAUCUUGUCGGUAACGCUGGAGUCGGCGAUAUUAGUGAAAAGCUGAAACCGCAUAUCCGCGGGGUAGAGCAGGAAUUAUACAAAAUCAGAGACAUUAUCAGGACUAUUUCUUCUCAUAAGAUGGCGAACCGCAUCUUUCUAGCCGAUGCCGACAAGGAAGUUGUUGCCGGGUGCGAGAGACAGAUCGCGAGGGCGUGCGAGGCGUUCGGCACUCAGAUCGGGCUGAUCAACCACCAACUUAUUCUUCAUCUCCAGGCUGCGGUGGGCGAGCUGACCAUAAACCGUAUUGAACAAGCGUCUCGCGCUGGAAAGCAGACUGUCACCCAGACCCGACGAGCAACGACGUGA